CAGAAAGCAGCCUUUCUUCUUUCCUGUGGAGCCAGCAAAAUGAUGAUUUGCUGACCAAAGCCCUCGCUGCACACGUAGGUGACGCUCCCAGACAGACUCAUCAGGCAGUAACCAGCUCUUUGGCUUGGUUGGCAACAGCUCAUCACUUCUGAGAAACUUCAUCCUCAGACUUGCGGAGAAAAGAUGUGGACAAGUCCCAUGGAACUCAAGUGGCUUUUGAUGUGGCUCUUGUUUGGAUUCAUCAAGGCGCUCAAGCCAGAGAUGUGCCCACGUCUUCCAACAACUGAAUUUGUUGAUGUUACUGCUGAAAUGUAUCCACUACAGACCAAACUGUACUAUGAGUGUCACCCUGGCUAUUACAGAGAACGUGGUUCAUACCCAGGAAUUCAGUGUAAGAGUGAACAGCAGGGUGCUGUUUGGAAAUACGGGGAAUUUAAAUGCCUUGUUAAGAAAAAUUUUUCAUCAAUGGCUCCCAUGACGGAGUUAGAACUUACACAGAAGCCAGAAAGAGAACCAAGGAGCCCUGCACCCCAGAAGCAAGAAGAACUUUCAGAGUUCAAGCAAAAAGAUUUCUGUGGUCCUCCCAAGACGGUUCCACAUGCCUCCAUAAGGCUGCCUCCACAGCAUUACGUGAGACAAGUCUUACAUUUCAGAUGCCAAGCAGGUUAUGAUAAGAGACCCCCCACCUUUGGCAGCAGGACGUGCAAGAAGGUGAAUGGCAAAAUCAUCUGGACACCUCUUGAUAUGAGAUGCACCAAUGACAGCAACCAGUGGCCACCACAGACCAUUGGGCCAGGUUUCACUCUUCUGUCCACUUUCUCUUCCUCAUCGAGGACACUGCCAGUGACAGCUAUCUGGUUUGUUCUGCUUAUCAUUCCCACUGUCUUGGUGUGACUCACCAAGCAGACAAUAAGGGAAGACUUCUCAGGGAAUCGUGGCAUUCAGAUGCAAACUCAUGGAAUUAAUGACUUGCCACAGAAGAAACCAGAUUGUACCAGCGACUCCAAGAGCAGCAGUGCCAAAUGAGGAGAAAGCCUGGACACUCAAAUCCAAAAUGUGAAGGAGGCAGAAGAUGUUAUGGCUUAAUUGUUACGAGGACAGUGUGACUUUCCACCUACAGAGUGCUGGGAGGAGGAGGGCAUCCUAUCACUGACAGAUGGGGAAAGAGCCCUGCCUGAAACUGCUUCCCAAACCCAAUUCUCCUCCUCCUACCAUGCAGCAGAUAUAUUUCUAAUACAACUGCAGCCCCUCCCAAGCGACCAGGAGUACAUAUGGACCCCUGUCCCAAGCACAUUAGAUGGUGCCACCAUCAUUUCAGCCCACACUCCACCCUCCCCACAAACAAAGCUGCUUUGCUGGACACCUGAUGUCCCCCUGCCUCUUCCCCACCCAGGUGGGUCAAGUGUAGGCCUACUUUUCCCCUUCUCAAAGUGUUCCCUUUCAAAAUUAAACCUGUUCACCCCCUGCACUGCAGCUGAAAAUGUGACUGGACUCCCUUACGGUUCACUAUAUACAUGCAUUCCUCAUCACUCCCCUCUUCCCAGUUAUUUUGGAUUACUCUUUUCCACAACAGUUCCUGCAUCAUUCCUCCAGCUCAGACAAGGAUGCUGCAGAUCAUGGCAGCUGAUUAAUUUGACAGGUCCUUUUGUAGCUGCAGAGCAUGAGACAACCCAGCGCAAAGGCAGCUGAGGACAGGCUCAAGCACACACAAUACUUGACGUGUCCUUACAUUAUUGGGAAUCUGUGAGGUCUGGAUAUUCUUCUGCCUCUUUUUAGCCACGCUCAGCCCAGUAAGAUGGGUUUCACCUGGCUGAAUGCAAGUAUCUGUGUCUGAGGCAGGCAGUGGGGAGGAACAAGAGCCUUUAGAGAGCAGUUCAUCUCACCCUGUUGCCUAAGUAGAUAUAAUAAAUAUAUACUAUAUAUAGUAAUAAAUGUUUUAUCAUGAUGUAA